AUGGAUUUAGGAAAUGAUAACAUUGAUUUUGUUAAACUUAUAAACAUUAAGGGUAAUGUUGACAAUAUUACUCCUCACAAAAUUGCCGUUGUUGCCUUUAUAAGAGAAUAUGGAUUAUUAAAAAUGGAAGCAAAAGAUAUGAUCGAUUUUACAAUGGCACCAAAAUAUCGAAAAGACUUUUGUAUUCUUGCACUGAAGUUAAUUCAGUGCCCUGAUAUGGAAUUUAAAGAGCUGGAGGCACUUUUAACUGAUGGACGAUAUAACUUGUUAAGUGUUCACCUUCAGAAUUUUUGUGUGAGAUUGCAAAACAUAUAUGUUAAUGGGAUUAAUGCACUUAUGGACUGUGUGACUUCUGCUGUUAAUAAACUGAUGAUGGAACAGAGUGAAACAAAUCCUUGCAUUAUAACCCGAUGCAGUGUUUUAGGGUUUUAUUUAAGAAGAAUAUUACUAUACUUAGAUAAACUUACUUUUGUGCAAGUUGCUUCCCUGUAUAAGUCUUUUUGCAUUUACUAUCAGAAAGGGAGACCUGGUCUGAUGAUGAGAUCGCUAAGCAAAGAGAAGUUGAACAAUAUGGAAUCACAACCUGAAACAUCAAAGUCAUCACUGCUACCAGAAGAAUCUAAGCCCCAAGAGAUAUUUAUGAAGAUGAAUAUUAUUGAUAGAGACAGUACUUUUGAAGAAUGUCAGUGGUCAAGAAAGCAAGCGGAACUCUUUACUGCUCAACAAGCCAAUUUAUUGCAGAUAAAUGAAAAAAAAGCAAUGGCACCCAAACAGCUGCAGAAAACAAUCAUGCAAAUAAUUAAUGAUUUACCAGAAUAUCCCGAUAUUCAUUUUCUUAGUUUUCUGAACUGCAUAAGAAUGAAAGAAUUUUGUGGAGCUCAAGAUUCUCUUUACAAUUGUUUUGAUCGAGCUGUUUUCAACAUGUGCGGCAACGGAAGUUCAUUGAAUGAUAGAAAUAAAAACUUUAGAUAUGCUGCAUUGAAUAGAGCGGCAAUGCAUACACAGUUUGGACAUAAGUCGGUAGCUAUGGAAGGUGUUCGCGAGGCUCUGGGCUGUGCGCAGGAGGCGGCUGAUAGUGGUUGUGUAGCGGCGGCGGCGGCUUGGGGAGCACUGGCUGGUGGACGCGCACGUCGCGCUGCUCUCCUCGCCCGCGUGCCACGACCGCCUCGCGCCGCCGCCGCAGCCGUACAACUGAUGGCACAGCACGCCGCUGUGAAUGCUGCCAGGCCGGCAGAAGUCUUUCAGAUAAUAAGUAAAGGAGAUACUAUCAAUUACCUACAUUCGAUGACAGAUUUAACUAUGGCCGGCUUAGCAAACACAGCGGCGCUUUGGGGUUUAUAUGGAAAAACGGAAAUGGCUUCUGUGAACUGUCAACUGCUGCUUAAUUUAAAUACAAAAUGUACGGUGGGGUCUGGCAGUGUGUGGCAGUGGUCGGAGGGGUCCGGGGCUGGUGCGGUGUGCGCGGCGGCCUGGCGUGGCGCGGGCCCGCUAGCUGCAGCACUCGCCUCGCUAUUCACUUCACCGGCUGCCCGCGCUGCCGCCGCUAGACAUCACGCUACAUAUGCACUGAGAGCUGGUAAAUGGGAGGAGGCAGAUCAGAGUAUAAGACAGCUAGCAUCGUACGAUCGGUGGGAAAGUCAACUCUUGAGAGCGGAGAUGUAUUUCCUUAAAGAGAAUCCCACUGAUGCUUUAGAAACGCUUCACGAUAUACUAGACUUCUGUAAAACCGAGGACGACAGUUUGCAUUACAUGUCACUGAGACUGAAGGCUAUGAUAAUGAUGGCAGAAGUACAACACACCUUCAGUAAUAAUAGAUCCACUAAUAUCAUGUUAUUAAACGAAGCGUUGUCGUUGGCGAAGAAAUAUCACUUGCAUUUCUUAGCUGCGACAGCUGAGAUGCACACGGCUAAUGUCCAAUUGCAUAUGGGUUCUACGAAAAACGCUUUGAUAUUAGCGAGGAAAGUGUUGCCAUUGAUUAUGGAACAUGGCAGCGCUUACGAUAUGGCAAGAGGUAUGCUAUUAUAUACAAAGUGUCGAAUAGCGACCUCUCCGCCGUCGGGUGAAGCUCGAAACCAGGUGUUGCAAUCCUGCUGUGAAGCACUAGAUACAGUUAAAGAAAACUUCUCAAAAGUUGGUGCUGAGGCCAGGUUACUACAUACGUGGUAUCUGCAGGCCCAGUUAUAUAAUGACAUUGGUAAUAUAGUUGCAAGAAAUCAAUGUGCUUGGAUGUACAGACAACUUGAAACACAAAACCCAGUUGAACCACUGAAUAUGUUACAUAUAAUGUAUUAG